AUGAACAUGUUUCUUCUUGAUUUGGCUCUGGCUUCCACUGUUUCCGCAGCUUGGAUUCCGAUUGGACAUGGUCCAAGUGAGUCUAGCAAGGACGCCGUUGCUUCUGCAGCCAUUCCUACCAUCGCUGAUGCCGAUCUCGAUCCUGAGUUCAAUCAACCCAUGAGAACCACACGGACCUCACCUGUACUUCCCACCGACAUUGUCUCUGAUUUCGAUCCUGAGUUCGGACAGCCCAUGAGAACUACACGAACCUAUCAGCCACCUGUUGUUCAUACCAGCCUUGCAUCUGACUUCGACCCUGAAUUCAGACAGCCUAUGAGAACCACAAAGACCUACGAGUCAGCUGUUGUCCCCACCAUCAAUGUUCCCGAGGACACUGUCAUCUUGCGCCCUAUUCAGUCUACCAAGACCUUUGAGGUUCCUGUCGAGACUCUCACUUCCAUCGUCUAUGUUCCCCGACCUUGCAACACUGGCUCAUGUCACCCAAGCUUCACCACCAAGACUGUGCUUGUUCCCACUGGUGCUCCCGCUCCCACCUCCUCUAGUGGAUGCAGCCCUGCCUGUCCCAGCCUUUGUCCACCAGCUCAUUUACCUCGUCCCAUUCCCUCUCACCCUCAUCGUCCCGUGCCCGUCCCCACUGGCAACAACCACCCUGAGUAUCACAACACCACCUACCCCGAGCCCAGACCCAUCGAGGGCAGAUUCUGGAGGAUCAAGGACCUCAGCCGCCACUGUGCCAAAGACGGAAAGUCUUGCGACUACGAGUUUGCUAUUGAGGCUGACGGCAAGACUGAGCACUGCAACAUCAACCGCAAGCCUGGCUCCGAUGCCGCUCUCGAGAGCUGGACCAACGUCCCCUGCAACAAGAAGUCUCACAAGACUGUUUCUUGGGGCUACGUCACUGAGCCAGCACCCGCCUUUGCUGUUGUCACCGUCGUCGAGGGCAAGGUUCUUGCAUGGUUUGGUGUCGCUGAUAUCAACGGCCAGAAGGUUACUUCUUCGAACCCAUUCGGCUCUGGACAUUACGGCAACCUUGGACCCGAUCAGGUCUACACUUACUAG